AUGGAUGUUGUUGCGAUGGCAAGGACAGGAUCGGGUAAAACAGCGGCUUUUGUCAUUCCAAUGAUUGAACGGUUAAAAACACAUCAAACUAAGGUUGGAUCAAGGGCAUUAAUAUUAUCGCCAAACAGAGAACUUGCUCUUCAAACGAUCAAAGUUGUGAAAGAAUUAAAAAGAGGAACAAACUUAAAAGCAGUACUUUUAGUAGGAGGAGAGAGUCUUGAAGAACAAUUUGAAAUGAUGUCGACAAAUCCGGACAUAAUUGUCGCAACUCCAGGUCGAUUUUUACAUUUAAAAAUAGAAAUGGAUCUUGAUCUCAAAACAAUCGAAUAUCUAGUGUUUGAUGAAGCAGAUAGACUGUUUGAAAUGGGAUUUUCUGAGCAAUUGUCAGAAAUUCUUCGUUAUCUUCCAUCAUCACGACAAACAUCACUUUUUUCAGCUACUCUUCCAAAAUCUCUGGUAGAUUUUGCGAAAGCAGGUCUUCAAAAUCCAAUUUUAGUUCGUCUUGAUGUUGAAUCAAUGGUUUCUGAGGAUUUACAGUCAGCCUUUUUUUCAGUAAAAUCAUCAGAAAAAGAAGCAGCUUUACUUUAUCUUCUUCAUGAUAUUAUUAAAAUUCCUCGAAGUAUUCAAGGAAUAAAAGAUAAUAAUUUGGAAGAAAAUGGGAAAGAUAAUACUUGUAAAUACAAUCAAAAUACCAUAUCACCAUAUUCAACCAUUAUUUUUACAUCUACAAGACACCAUGUAGAAUAUUUAACAAAAUUACUUUCAUUAUCUGGAUAUUUAGUUUCUCAUAUUUAUGGAUCUUUAGAUCAAACUGCUCGAAAAAAUCAAAUAGCAUCUUUUAGGGCCGGCAAAACCACUCUUUUAGUAGUAACAGAUAUUGCAGCACGAGGUAUUGAUAUUCCUCUUUUAUCAAAUGUAAUCAAUUAUGACUUCCCCCCUAAGCCUAAAAUAUUUAUUCAUAGAGUUGGAAGGACUGCACGAGCAGGACAAAAAGGCUGGGCAUAUUCACUUCUUAAAACGGAUGAUGCACCAUAUUUAAUUGAGUUACAGUUAUUUUUGGGAAAAAAAAUAGUAUCAUCUAACGACCAAGACCCGGAUUAUGUUCAGAAUAUAGUGUUAGGAACAUUUUUAAGACAUAAGCUUGAAUAUUAUUGCGAAUGGAUUGCACAUGUAUUAAAAGAAAACAAUGAAUGUUACUCUCUUAAACAAGUAAUGCAAAAGGGAGAAAUUUUGUAUUCAAAAACAGCAGGAUCUGCAAGUAUAGAAAGUAAUAGACGUGCAAAAGAACUUGUAAAAAGUUUAGAAUGGUCCAUUAUUAAUCCAUUGCUAAUUGACACUAAUUCUGAAAAAAAUGUUGCAAAAGAAGCUCUAUUAGCUAAAAUUUCAAAUUAUUCUCCUCAUGAAACAAUCUUUGAAAACUCUAAAAACUUCAAAAGUAAUGUUCCACUUAAGGCAAUAAAUGAACGAAUGAAAAAGAUUAGAACAUCUAAGAUUAAAACUAAUAAAUCAAAUUUAAUUGAGUCCUUAUUCAAUAAAAAAAAGAAUUCUAAAACAAACAAUGAUACAAUCAUAAAUAUAAAUAACUUUCAAGAAAAUAAUGCAGAAUUUGGAUCUGAAAUUAUACAUGAAAACGGAGUUAAAAAUAAGGGAAAUAGUUAUAAAGAUAAAGAGAAUUAUAUGUCAUAUUAUACACCUAUUUCAUCUAUGCGAGAACAUGCUUAUGAUAUUAACAAAUCAAACUAUUCAUUUGAAAAAGCGGCCAAAAACGCAAUAUUCGAUCUUAUGGGUGAUGAUAAAGAUCUUACUAAUCAAGCAAGAGCUCAUACAAAUAAAAUUCGCUGGAGUUUUAAAAAAAAAAAACUUGUUAACAGAAUAAAUGAUUAUAAUAAUUCCAAAGAAGGUUCAAAAAUAAUUAAAGAUGAAAGUGGUACAAAAAUUCCUGCAACUUAUAAAACAGGAAGAUAUACAAUAUGGAAAAAUUCUAAAAAUAUUACAGAAAAAAAAGUAGGUGAAAUAGAAAAUUGUGAAAAUUUUACAACACCUAAAAACUUGCAUGUAAAUCCAAAUGGAAGAAAAUAUAAACAUAAUAAGCUUCAAGCUCCAAAAGCAGCAGACAAAUAUCGUGAUGAUUAUAAAAAAAGAAAAAAGCGUAUUCAAAAAGCUUUAGAAAAGGGUUAUGGAGAUAAUAAAAGAGUAAAAAGCGAAUUGAAAAAUAUAAUGGAAAUCAGAAAAAUUAGACGCCUUAAAGAAAAAAGAAAACAAAAGAAUGCACGACCAUCUAAAAAGAAACAUUAA